UUGACUGCAGAUUCACGAGUGCGCUUUUCUUCUCGGAGACCGUCCCGUCCCGUCAGGAGAGGAGAAGCACUAUGGGGACCACUUCAUGAAGGACAGUAAACCAGAUGUCUUUUUCCACCAGUUUGGGUUGGUGCAGUGGAGCUGGACGCGCUGACCUGAAGAACAUCGCUGUGCUGGUGGUGUUGUUGUUGUUAACAUUAGCCAGCGGCAGCCAACAUGGCUGAGGAUGACUGUGAAUGGGUUGUAGAGAGCAUCGUCGGUUACCUGGGAAGUCCCGAGUGGGUCAUUCCUGUCACGGACUUUAUGGAAAACAAAUGCACAGUUUUUGAUGACGAAGAUGAAAAUAAGUUAUCGUACACAGAAAUCCAUGUACAGUAUAAGAAAUUGGUGGAGAAGCUGUUGGAUAAUUACAUGCAGGAGGUUGGCAUCAACGAGCAGCAGUUUCUGGAUGCGUGCACCUCUCCUUUUGCCAAGUCCAAAACACUGCAGUCUGUGUUCCAACCAGUUCUGGCUACGGAUGACUUCCAGAUGUUUCGCUCCCUGAUGGUCCAGAAGAACAUGGAGCUGCAGCUUCAAGCCCUCAGGGUCAUUAAGGAAAGGAACGGGGCCCUCCCUGAGUGUCUCACUGAUGGUGUGGACGUGAUGACAGAGUUGCAGCAGCAAGAGAUGAAAAUCCUGCAGGAGGUUCUCAAGAAAUCAAAAGAGGAGUAUGAAGAGGAAAUGUCCAAGAGGCUGCAAUUAGAGGAAGAGGUUGGUUCCACUUCCAGCAGCUGCCCUGAUAAGCCAAUGGCAGAAAGCAGAGGAGCCCAGAAUACCACCUCUGCUCCAAGCCAACAAAGCAGCGCUGCCAAGGCCAAAGCUGAGGGGAAUAGCGACAGCAGCAGCAGCAAUGGUCACCACACCCUACUGGUGAACGGAAACACUGCCAAUGAGUUAAACCUGGUCAACAGCAAACCUGUCAGAAUACAAGAGGGCAAGGCGGCUGCUCCAGGAGGUGGAGAUGAGAAGAUUGCGCCGAAUAGCAGCUCCACGUCCAAACCCACACCAGCUUGUGGCAGUAACGGUGUGGAGUCCAGAGUCCUUCCAGCUGUGAAAGCUCCAGUGAAGUCUGGUGUAGCCCCCGUCAGCCUCGGUCCUGAGACCAAGGAGCAGAGCAGCAGCAGCCGGGCUGCAGCCGAGGCGUGGCUGGAGGAGGCGCACAGGGAGGCUGGAUUCGCUAAGCCAUAUACUGAGCUGUCAGCCUCUCAGCAGGAGCAGCUCCAGCAGAGGGCAGCAUAUCUGCGUCAGCAGAGGGACAAACUGCAUGCACUGAAAAAGGAACAGCAGAAACCCAAGCAGACAACCACACCAGAGGAGGCACCCCCCACCACCCCGGAGGCAGUGGGGCAGCCCCAGAGGAAUGGGGCCCGUACCCCCUCUCCUCUUCCUCUUCAUCCUCCUCCAGCACCACACUCUCCUAACUCCUCCAAACAGAAGGAGAUAUCUGCCGAGGAGAGGAAGAAGCUGCAGAAGAGAAAACAUCUGGCUGACAAGCUGAAAGAAGAAGUGAUUAAGAAAUAACUCCCCCUCCAAACGUCGAUAUUCUCAUUCAUAUCUUCUGUUUGUUCCAAUAAUCAAACACAUGGCUCCCUUUGCACAGCGAGUGAAUUCACUUUAUGUAACACAGGUCAGGCUUCUUCCAAAGAAACAGAAAAAGUCUGAGGUCUUCCUUCCUAAGAGUUCUUUCCAUUUCUGUCUACGGCAAAAGAAGGUGCAUCUCCCUUUAUACUGUGGAUGUAUCGGUGUGUGGCUCUCAAGUAUUCUGUGAGACAGUUGCACCAGUAUGACUGAGCAAGUUCAGAACAUGUCAGGCCACCUGAAAUGCACUCAGACCAGUGAGUGCUUUUCAGUGCUAGAAGACUUCCCGAUGGCUUUUACCUGAUUUUUUUCUUCACAUUGCAACACACACCUGGGCUGUGUCCAAAGCACUCCUGGGUUGCCACAGUGUGCACUACACACUUACUUUACUGACGUUGUGGAUUCUAAGUGUAAAAUUCCCACUUUGGAAUGAAAAUCAUAGUCACAGCAUGCACAAUACAAUGCUGCAUAUUCAUAGAUGGGUACAUGUUAAUUAUAAAACACUUAACUGGUCAGUAAUGGUGAAAAAGCAUGAUUAAGAACUAAUUUUCCUGCUCAUUAUAAACUAUUAUCUUGGGAGCAGUGACCAAAGGAGUGAUUUUGGACAUAUCCCUGAGCUUGUUUCUCUGUAGACAACAGAAAUGGGCCAUGUGGUGAAACACGCUCAACAUUAGGCACAACAUUAAGCGUUGCUGCUGGUGAAAGGCUUGAUUGGCAGAGUCCUGUGUUGAGGUGAAGGUAACAUUAGCUAGCACACGUUUACAGUCUUGUUCUCCACUGCUAGCAUUCCCAGAGAGACGUCAGCUGUUACCACGUAGCUGAUAACACCGUAGCAGCUCAUACUAGUCAAAGAGCGCUGUGGAAGUUGUCAAGAAGAACAUGCUGUCAUGUGUUCAUAAAGAGGCCAAGAGAACAGUGUCGCUUUCUAUGAGGAAUUCAGUAUUUCAUGUAUGCCGUUUAAUAAAUCGCAUUUUAUAG